UUCUAUGGAUUGUACAAAAAACAAGAAAACCUCUCUAGCUAUAUAAAAACAUGCACACAUUUAUCACAAUCCAUCACAAAACCAAAUACAAAGUGAAGUGAAGUUAUUACAUUAUAAUACAACAUAUAUAAGAUAUAUGGCGAAAGACGAGCUUGUUUUGUUGGAUUUUUGCUGGAGCCCGUUUUCGGUGAGGGUGAAAGUUGCACUGGCGGAGAAAGGGUUGAGUUAUGAGGUUAAGGAGGAAGACCUUAUGGGAGGGAAGAGCGAUUUGCUAUUGCAAUCGAAUCCGAUUUACGAGAAGGUUCCGGUGCUUUUGCACAACGGCAAACCUAUCGUUGAAUCCACUAACAUAGUUUAUUACAUUGACGAAACAUGGGAUUCUCCUCAGUUGCUGCCUACUUCUUCUUACGGACGGUCGAGGGCUCGUUUCUGGGCCGACUUCAUUGAUAAAAAGGUGUUUGACGCUGGCUGCAUAAUAUGGAAGAGCAAAGGCGAGGAACUAGAAGUAGCCAAGAAAGAAUUCAUCGACAUUCUCAAGAAGUUGGAGGGUGCAAUGGGGGACCAUGACUAUUUCGGUGGCGAUAAAUUCGGGUUCGUCGACAUCGUACUCAUCGGUUUAUCUUCAUGGUUUUUCGCGUACGAGAAGUACGGAGGAUUCGAGAUUGAAAUCGAGUGUCCUAAAAUUGGAGCUUGGAUCAAGAAAUGCAAGGAAAAGGAAAGUGUGGCCAAAGCUCUGCCUAAUCCUCAAAAAGUGUAUGAGUUUGUGGGCAUGCUAAGAAAGAUGCAUGGAAUUGAAUGAAGGAAUCAUUAUAUUUAAUUUGCAUGAUUUUUAUAUUGUCAUUUUCUUGGGUUUUUAUUUUGUGUUUUUGGGGGUUUUUUUAAUGGCUCAAUAAAGGUGAAUUAGUGAGUGGAAAUAAUGUUCUUCUCAAUGCUUUGUUAUGUUGCAAAGUAUAUAUGAGAUGAGCUUUGUUUGUGUGGAUGUACUUAAAUGGGCUUAUUUGUUUGCUUAAGUGUUUGAUUAUUAGUGAUUAAUUUGAAUGUAAUUUUAAAGUCAGUUUUUCUUUUUCAUAAAAGUGAAAAUGAACGACUUCUUGA